ACACCAUGCACUGUACACCUCAACACUUCUCCUUAUAGCACUGUUACAGAUCACUGCUCUAAGGAUGAACAAUACCACAAACACAUUACUUCCUGUUGCAGAGUCUCAUGAUCUCACUGCAGGAGCUUUAACAUCGUGGUAGAAAGACAAGUUUCUGCAGAGUUAAACAGGAAGUAGACUUUACUCUUUAACUGAACACUUCAGACUUUAGAUUUCUCAACUCUUUCCCCUCAAGUCGAGUGAAGUUCAGGCAGUUUGGGAUUAGUGAUUUAUUUAUCAGAAUUAUUUAGUGGAUGUGAUUUGAGUUCUUGGGGUUUUAUUCUGCACUUCCACCUGCACGAGUGUUUGUUCUUCUCCAGAUGUGGCUGCAGAAGAUUAAUGAGGAAGCAUGAGGAGCUAUGGGGCCCAUGUGAUGCUCUGCUGGGGGCUGAUCUUGGCCUUGGCGCCCCCUGUGGCAGUGACCCACACGGUGGAGGUCAGACUUCAUGACUCUGCUGUCCUACCGUGUGGACGGAGAUGUCCUGGUCCGGUCAGAUGGACCGAGUCCCGUAAUCGAGACGUUGCAGUGGCUCAGUGUGAUGAGACGUCCUGCAGCUCUGAGGAGGGGUUUCUCGUCUCUCAUGAUCGGUACCUGGAGGGGGAUUUCUCUCUCACCGUCACGGCAGCUGAUUACAGUAGGAGGGGUUUAUACACCUGUGAGUGUGGAGGUAAAGACGUGUGUGACGUGAGGCUCAGCAUACAGCCUCUUACAGUAACUGUACAGACGGGUCCUGGAGACUCCCUCCUGCUGGACGUUGUGAUGCCUGAGUCAGUGAAGGUGACGUUUAUCAGACUCACUGCUGAGAAUCAGAGCUCUGUAACACUGUAUGAGGUCACUGGGGGUAAAGGUCACCGUCACCCUGAAUAUCAGCACCGGCUGUCACUCACGACCUCAUUCACACUGAAGGAGCUGAAACACUCUGACAGCGGAGUUUACACUGUGUGGGACAGCAGGGAUGAUCAGAUCAUAGCUACAUACACACUCACAGUUACAGGUGAACACUGGACUGACUGGACACACCCUGCUCCCCUCACUGGACUCGCUCUCCUGCCUGUUCUGGUGCUGGGGUUAUCAGGGUCCUGUAUAUGGUACAGGAUGAAGAAGAGAAGGAGGUUUGGAGAGCCUGAUGAGGGUGUGACUGAGGAGGAGAGAGAUCCUGCUGUAAAACAACACUGUUCUCAUUUACAUAUGAAGCUUUGUAGAGAUCUGUGUUGCAUUACGGACCAUCAAUAGUGCGAGUUUGCUCAAACAGUUAUGGCUCUGGGUUAUUGAUCAGAAGGUCGGGGGUUCGAACCCCAUCACUACCAAGUUGCCACUCUUGAGCCCUUGAGAAAGACCCUCGACCCUAUCUCCUCCAGGGGGCGCUGUAUCUGCUCCCAACUGAUAACACACUCUGACCCGAGCUUCAUAACAACGAAAAAUAAUCAUUUCACUGUGACAAAUAUGUGGUUCCUCUCCAAACUUUUCCCUUCACUGUGGUGUAGAAUGACUUUGUAUGCAGGGGGAGGAGUUUACACGUUA